AUGUGCGACUGUAUCCCUGUUCCCAUCGUGUGCUUCCAGUGCGGAACAGACCAGAAUCCUUGCCACUGCAAAGUCGUAGGCCCGACACUCGGGUUUCUCGUUACCGUAGGCAUGGCGAUCGUCUGUUGGCCAGCGAGCCUUUUGUGUUGUUGUUGCGCGACAGACGCGGGCAAGAAGGUGCUUGCUCUGCCUGUUGAUACCGGGAAUGCGAUAAGCAACGCUAUACCGAUAUAG